CGACAACUCCUCUACCUUGAUGACCUCCUCUUCGGUCACCCCCUCAUCUGAGCAACUUUUACAUAUCCCAGACACCCUGCUUGUAUUUCUCACAUACAUCUUUUACAUAUAUACCAAAAAAGCACACACACACACACACUCUCUUUCUCUUUCUGUUUUUUUCAAGACGUUCUUUGUACAAUCUAAAACGCGCACUUUGUAAAUAAUCAUGAUAUAUUAGAUAUUGUAUACAAUGAAAUUAUAUUAAAAAAAACAUAAACAU